AUGAGCUCCACCUCCCUCGGCAACGGAACAGCACCCAACUCGCCCCUCCCGCUCGACAGCCGUACCUUUCUCGUGCUUCAUGCGUCGGUGACGGGAACGGCCGUCGAUGUGGCCGAGCGGAUCGGGCGAAGAGCGAGGCGGGAGGGCUGGGCGGUUACAGUCAAGAGUGUUACUGAGUUCAAUCAGGCGGAACUGCUCGAACACGGCCUGAUCGUCUUCGUCCUCCCGACAACCGGCAACGGCCACACUCCGCCUCAAUUCGUGCCGUUGUGGACAGCCUUGCUUCAUCCUGGUCUUCCACCAGACUUCCUCGAGGACUUGAGAUACGCCGUCUUUGGACUCGGCGAUUCGAGCUACGGAAAGUACAACUGGGUCGGGAAGAAGCUGUCGCGGCGGCUAGACUCGUUGGGCGCGCAUGCUGUCGUCGAGCGAGGCGAAGGCGACGACCAGAACGAAUGGGGCGUCGAGUCGACGUUCCCCGGCUGGCUCGACCAACUCAUGGCGUCAAUUGAUCCUCUAUUCCCGCCUGAAGCCGGCUUCACCUCCCAUGCCCUCGACACCGUUCCUCCUCCACGGAUCCGGCUCGAGAAGGUAGGGUCUACCUCGGCCGCCAACGGGCACACCGAGCAAGCGCCGCUUCUCUGGACCGAGGACGCUUCUUGGGCCAAGCUUGUCAGGAAUGAGCGGGUGACGGCGGAGGAUUGGUAUCAGGAUGUGCGAGAGGUUGAGCUUGAGCUGGAAGGCGUGCAGGAUUCGGAGCGGACGCGCCUGUAUGCUGCAGGCGACGUGCUGGAGAUCCGCCCGCAGAACUCGAAGGAGGACGUCGACCGCUUCCUGGCCUCGACUCGAUGGACCGAGAUCGCCGACGAGCCGUUCCUGAUAUCGCCGACAAGCUCAGAUCAACCUCUUCCCCCUCAUCUCCCGACCCCCUUCCGCACGACUAUCCGAUAUCUCCUGACCAACGAGCUCGACAUCGCGUCCGUACCCCGACUAUCCUUCUUCGAGUGGCUGGCCUACUUCUCCGAGGGCGACAUGCAGGAGAAGCUGCGCGAGUUCUGUUCGCCUGCUGGACAGGACGACCUGAUAGACUACACGCUUCGACCUAGACGAACGAUCAACGAGGUCCUGUACGAGUUCCGCUCCGCCAACAUCCCGCCCGAGUACAUCUUCGACCUUCUGCCGCUUAUACGACCUCGCGGCUUCUCCAUAUCCUCCUCACCGGCUUCUCACCAAGGCAAGGUUGACCUUCUCGUCGCGAUCGUCAAGUACAAGACGAUCCUCUCAGUCCCCCGCAAGGGUCUUACAACAUCAUGGCUCGCCUCGCUCUCUCCUGGUUCUCGCGUUCCCGUCCGCUUCGACAAGUCUGGCCUGCUACGGUUACCACCAGGCGACCCUCCGCUCAUUAUGGUCGGACCUGGUACGGGCGUGGCACCGUUCCGAGCGUUGAUGGAGGAGCGCAUUCGAUGCGGAGCGAAAGAGAACCUCCUCUUCUUUGGCUGCCGGUCCGUCAGCAAAGACUUCUACUUCAAGGCGUACUGGGACGCGCUGGAGGAGAAGGGAGACUUGACUUUGUCUGUUGCGCCGAGUCGGGACCAGGAGGACAAGGUCUAUGUGCAAGACCGGAUACCGGAAUACGGCGCGCAGAUCUGGGACUACCUGAACCGAGGCGGCUAUUUCUACGUUUGCGGCUCGUCAACGAAUAUGCCCAAGGCGGUCAAGAAGGCGAUGCUGGGUGUCUUCCAGCGCGAGGGCGGCAUGGCGGACGCGCAGGAGGCGGAGCGGUACUGGGAUCGGAUGGAGCGUGAGGGCAGGUUAGUAGAGGAGACGUGGGGAUGA